AUGGGGAGCGCGGGCGAGGAGGACAGGGAGGCUCGGAGCGAGGCGGCGUUCACGGACUCCGCCUCCGCCGACGGGAGCAGCUCCAGCUCCGACGCCGCGUCCACCGACGAGUGGCCACCCGCGGCGGCGCCGGUGCCGGCGGCGGCCAGGAAGCCGGGCGGCUGCGCCUCCGACACCGACGUGGCCAGGCAGCAACACAAGCACAAGCGCAGAGCACCAUCAGGUGACCACCGCCUCAUAUACUAUUACUCGCAGCAUCCUGGAUUCUCGGUGGUGAAAUUCUCUAAUGUGUGCGCGCCUUGUGUUUCGACAACAAAACUGACAGAGACGGAGAUGAUGAAGGAGCGGUUCGCGAAGCUGCUGCUCGGCGAGGACAUGUCCGGGAGCGGCAAGGGCGUCUGCACGGCGCUCGCCAUCUCCAACGCAAUCACCAACCUCUGCGCCACCAUCUUCGGGCAGCUCUGGAGGCUGGAGCCGCUCCCGCCGGAGAAGAAGGCCAUGUGGCGGCGGGAGAUGGACUGGCUGCUCUGCGUCAGCGACCACAUCGUCGAGCUGGUCCCCACGUGGCAGUCAUUCCCCGACGGAACCAGGCUUGAGAUCAUGACAACUAGACCACGGUCUGAUCUGUACAUUAAUCUUCCAGCGCUCCGGAAGCUGGAUCAUAUGCUCCUUGAAAUCCUGGAAAGCUUCAGAGACCCAGAGUUCUGGUAUGUUGAGCAAGGUAUUGCUGCACCAGAUUGCGACGGCUCUGCAUCCUUUAGGACGGCUUUUCACCGCCGUGAUGAGAAAUGGUGGCUCCCAGUGCCUCGUGUGCCUCCCGGUGGCCUUCACAAUAAAACAAGGAAGCAGUUCCAGCACAAACGUGAUUGUGCAAACCAAAUCCUGAAGGCUGCCAUGGCCAUCAACAGCAAUGCCUUAGCAGAGAUGGAGGUCCCUGAAUCUUAUCUUGACUCCCUACCAAAGGAUGUGGGUAAAUCAAUCCUGGAGAGCUAUUCGAGGGUGUUAGAAAGUUUGGCUUCAAACAUCGUCACCCGCAUCGACGAUCUGCUGAACAUCGAUGAGCUGAACAGACACGCUGAACAUUUCACAGCAACAGGUGAUGCAGACUGCAAGAUUGCUUGCAGCCAGACUGCUGUUCCAUCCUUCCCAGUACCAGCCUCUGGCACACCAUUCAUGACGGCAUAUGCCACACCUAGCUUCUCGCCGGCACAAUUGGCAAGCCCAUCAAAGAAAGAGAGGACGUCGCUGACUCCAGGCAGACGGUCUCAGCAUAGUAGGGGUGCUGGCACAAAGAAAGGCUUGAUGGAUCAUGUCGGUACAGAAAUCAAGGGGAUGAUAAUCAGCAGCGGUAUGAUGAUCGAUGUCUCUACUACUACAGAGCUGUAA